AAUGGAAACGGAACAACCAGGAACUUCUUCGUCGUGUGUAGAACCUAAAGCAGAAAGCCAAACAAAUGCCGCCACUCCCGUGUGCUUGAUCGUGCUGGGGAUGGCCGGUUCCGGUAAGACGACGUUCGUUAAAAAGCUGGCCCAAUAUCGGCACGCAAACGAUUCGCUGCCGUAUCUCAUCAACCUCGAUCCUGCGUGUCGAGAAACGCCAUACCCGGUGAACAUAGAUGUUCGCGACACUGUAAAGUAUAAGGAGGUAAUGAAACGGUACAAUCUCGGUCCCAACGGCGGCAUCGUGACGGCCCUCAAUCUGUUUUCCACCAAGUUUGGCAAAGUUAUAGAGCUGAUUGAAAAAGCGAAAGAUAAGCACCGUUACUGUGUGAUCGAUACGCCCGGUCAGAUUGAAGUGUUCACCUGGUCCGCCUCCGGCACAAUCAUCACCGAGGCGCUGGCCACCGCCUUCCCGACGGUCGUUGUGUACGUUAUGGACAUUGUGCGCUCAACGAGUCCCACCACGUUUAUGUCGAACAUGCUGUACGCGUGCUCGAUUCUGUACAAGGCACGGCUACCGUUUGUGAUUGUGAUGAACAAAAUCGACGUGCAGGACUGUGACUUUGCCGUGCAAUGGAUGCAGGACUUUGAAGCAUUCCAGGACGCGCUCGAAAACGAAACGGCGUACGUGAGCAACCUGACACGCACCAUGUCACUGACGUUGGACGAGUUCUACCAUAACCUCAAGUCGUGUGGCGUUUCUUCACUGACCGGUAUCGGUUUCGAACGCUUCUUUCAGCUGGUGGACGAAGCGGUGAAGGAAUACGAAAGUGACUACAAGCAGGAAUACGAAAAGCUUAGGCGAGAAAAGGAAGAAUCCAACAAGCGCGUGGCGGAGGAACAGUUAGCAGAAGCGGCUCGUGAAGACAUGGGAGCAGAAGUACAGCUUGGCAACGAGAGCAUUGUGACCACGGAGCGUAACGAUCGAAUCUAUCUGAAACACCCAGCCAACGAGAGUUCCGAUGACGACGAAGGGGAAGAAAAUGAUGCAGCGGCCGUUGCGCCAG